AUGGCCAUGCUGAGAUUACACGACAGCAUACAGGAGGAGAACCACCAUUACCUCGUCUUCGACUUAGUAACUGGCGGUGAACUGUUCGAGGAUAUUGUGGCGCGAGAAUUCUACAGCGAAGCGGACGCGUCUCACUGUAUCCAACAAAUCCUGGAAAGCGUACACCACUGCCAUCACAAUGGAGUUGUGCACAGGGACCUGAAACCUGAAAAUUUACUACUCGCGAGUAAGGCGAAGGGCGCGGCUGUGAAAUUAGCGGACUUCGGAUUAGCGAUCGAGGUGCAGGGCGAAGCACAGGCAUGGUUCGGUUUCGCCGGGACGCCCGGUUACCUCAGCCCGGAAGUCCUCAAGAAAGAACCAUACGGCAAGCCAGUCGACAUCUGGGCGUGCGGUGUGAUACUUUACAUCCUUCUGGUCGGUUAUCCGCCAUUCUGGGACGAGGAUCAGCAUCGACUGUACGCGCAGAUCAAGGCCGGAUCGUACGACUAUCCGAGCCCGGAAUGGGACACCGUCACGCCGGAAGCCAAGAAUCUGAUCAAUCAGAUGCUGACGGUGAACCCGAGCAAAAGGAUCACCGCCAGCGAGGCACUGAAGCACCCGUGGAUCUGCCAACGUGAACGUGUCGCGUCCGUCGUCCACAGACAAGAGACUGUGGACUGUUUGAAGAAAUUCAACGCAAGGCGCAAAUUAAAAGGCGCUAUUUUGACGACCAUGUUGGCGACGAGGAACUUUUCCAGUAAGUAUGAUGCACAGGGUAAGUACCUCCGGCCCUCUUCAGCGCUUCAUGGACCGCGACAGACAGUACUUUUAUAUCUCCCAUUAAAUUUUUACGCCCAGAAAACCCUAACCCGACCUCUUGUCGUCUGUCUCUUUCUCUUUUUUCUUCCGCCCCCCCCCCCGUCCCCUCGAACGACUCUUUACGUCUCUCUGUUCGUCUCUCUGUUCUCCAACCCCUUCGAAACAACCCUUGGUUAAUAUUUCUCUCUCUUG